AUGUAUUCUCUUCCAAUUGAAGUUCAACUAGAUAUAUUAAAAUGUCUUAAUUUAAAUCAAUUAGUCUCUUUUAAUAAAACAAAUUUUUACUUUCGAAAUUUAAUUAAUAAAUAUUGGACAGAAUUAGCAAGAAUGAAAUUUGAUAAACUUUCAAUAUGGCAAACAGCGAUAAAUAAAUCAAUUCCUUUGUUUUUACAUGAUUUUGGAUCUCACGAAGUAUUUGCUAUUAAUUUGUAUAAUAAAGGAUUUAUAACUAAAAGACUGACAACAAACGAUAAUUUCAUCUCCAGUUUCCUGGAAAAUUUUCUAAAUUAUUUUCAAUAUAAAAAAUCAAAUAAAAAAGAAAAGAAGAUUCGUUCUUAUUAUUUAAAAUUGCCCAACUUUCCAAAAAAUAUAUCAGAAAUGAUUACUAUUCGAUGUUGGUUAGAACAUCUGUUUAAUUGUGGUUUUGAAUAUGCCGACUUCAAUAAAAUUGUAUUUAAUCCAGAAUUAAUUAAUUUAUUAUUUGAGAACGACAAAACAAUUCCUCUUCUAUUUAACAUUCAAAAACUGUCCUUAGAUGUCGACAAUAAUAUAAUUGAAAAUAUUUCCAAAUUCAUUACAAAUCAUUUAACAAUUUCCGAAUCUCUCAAAAUCGCUUUUGAUGAGCAUAACAUUUCAAAGAAAUAUAUAGAUAUUUUGUUUAAUAUUUUAAUAAAUGAAGGCAAUAAAUUAUUUCAAGUUUGUAUCAAUAGUUUCAGAAGUUAUAGUUUGUCAAGGCUUUAUGAACGUCUUUUUGAAGUAAGUUAUCUAUUUACUGAUAUGCUAGGUAUACUAACUAGCGUUCUUUUUUCGAAUAAAGGUAACUGUCAGCGGUUGCCCUGA